AAACAUCCAGCUCAAAUCUUUUCCUACAUCUUAUCACCUAGUCCUCAUGUUCCAGAAUUGGAACCCUAAGUGAUGAUUCGAUCUAUUUUCCUGCUUAGCCUUCUGCGCGGGCUUCUUGCGCAUGGCUUUCCCGCUGCUAGUAGUAAGCCAGUUGUGACACUAGACUAUGCCACCUACCGAGGUACCCGCCUCAAUGCCGGGGUUGAUCAAUAUCUGGGGAUGUGCUUUGCCGCGUCUCCGGUAGGAGAAUUACGAUUUCGAGCCCCGCAGGACCCUCCUAAGAUGUCUGGAAUCCAGGAGGCCACUGAAUUUGGUCCGUCAUGUGUUGGCACAAAUCAGAAUGUUACUUCUUCCCUGUCAGAGGAUUGCCUUUUCGUCAACGUGUUUACACCUUCCAGUGCAAGUACUACCUCAAAGCUCCCGGUAUGGGUUUAUAUUCAAGGUGGCGGGUACGCGCUCAAUUCGAACCAAAAUUACAAUGGCACUGGGGUAAUAGAGAACUCUGAGUACGGCCUGGUGUUUGUGAAUUUUAAUUACCGGGUAGGUGCUUUGGGAUUUCUGGCAAGUGAGCAAGUUCGGAGGAAUGGGGAUCUGAAUGCAGGGUUGCUUGAUCAGCGUAAAGUUCUCAGAUGGGUACAGAAGUACAUCGUUUUGUUUGGCGGAGAUCCAGCGCACGUCGUUAUUCACGGCGCUUCAGCAGGAGCUGGUUCUGUUGCGCACCAUCUCGCAGCUUAUAAUGGACAGGACGAGGAUCUUUUCAUUGGUGCCGUACCAGAAUCAACUUUUUGGCCCACUCUACGGACAGUGAAUGAUAUGAAGCCUCAAUUUAGCCGAUUCGCCCAUGAUGCAGGUUGUGGUGAUGCUGCUGAUACCAUGGCCUGUCUUCGCUCACUCGAUAUCAACAAGAUACAAAUCGCUAACGUGGUUUCUGCCUUCCCAGAUGGUCCAAGCAGUCCUCUGCCGAACUGGUACUUUCUGCCUGUCAUUGAUGGAGGCCUCGUAUCCGAUCAGCUUUCCCGUGCUUUCCAACAAGGAAAGAUUAAAAGAGUUCCUAUGAUUGUAGGCGAUGAUACUGACGAAGGCUCUUUUUUUGCUAUUAAUGCAACCAACGAGUUAGAUAUUUCUCGUUUUUUCAAAGCAAAUUACCCAAAUCUGAAUGAAAGGCAACUACAAGCAAUCAACUGGGCAUAUCCUCUCAUGCCCGCUGUCGCCGAACACGCAGAAUACUUCCCAUCAGCAUCCGCAGCGUACGGUGAGAGCACGUUCACUUGUCCUGGUAACUUGAUGGCCGGAUCGAUGGCAUUUUAUCUUGGGCCAAAUAAAGUAUGGAACUACCGCUACAACGUUCGAGAUCCCACUUUGGUCGUGGAAGGUAUCGGUGUCCCCCAUACAUUUGAGACUACUGCCAUCUUCGGCUAUCCGUAUGCCGAAAACAUUGACCCAGACACGUAUGCACCUGGCGGUCUAAAUGCAGCGAUGGUACCUUUGACGAUGAAAUAUUGGAUAAGCUUUGUCACUACUCUAAGCCCGAAUACUUCAAAGUUGAAGAAUGCACCUGAUUGGGAGCCAUGGGGUGGAAUCCCUGCAAGAAGAUUGAAGCUGGAGUUGAAUGCGACCACCAUGGAAAUAGUCCCUGAGUCUCAGAGACAGCGCUGUGAGUUGUGGUGGAGUUUGGCAAAUACAAUGCAGAUAUAA